GACCCUCAGGGCACUCUCCAGGGCAAGGGCCCUACCCAGAGGGGCAGAAAGGAGACCAGGAAGGGUAGAGUUUAAAGAAAAGGUCAUGUUCUGUCUGAAGACACUUCCGUUUCUGCUGUUACUCCAUAUGGAGCUUUCCAAGGCCUUUCCUGUACCUUCUGAAGAGAAAAAUGCAAAAAUCGUUCAGGACUACCUAGAAAAGUUCUAUCGAUUACCAAGCAACCAAUAUCGGACUGCAAGGAAGAACAGCCCUAGUAUGACUGUUGAAAAGCUUAAAGAAAUGCAGCAAUUUUUUAGGUUGAACGUGACAGGGAAGCCAGAUGCGGAAACUCUGGAGGUGAUGCAAAAGCCCCGCUGUGGAGUGCCUGACAGUGGUGAAUUUAUGAUAACGCCAGGAAACCCCAAGUGGGAACACACUAACCUAACCUACAGAAUUAUAAGCUAUACCAACCAAUUGUCAGAGGCUGAAGUGGAAACAGCUAUUGAGAGGGCCUUUAAACUCUGGAGUGACACAUCACCUCUCACCUUCACCAGAAUCUCACAGGGAGAAGCAGACAUCAAGAUUGCUUUUUUCCUAAAAGAUCAUGGUGACAACUCUCCAUUUGAUGGACCCAAUGGAAUCCUUGCUCACGCCUUUCAACCAGGCCAAGGUAUUGGAGGAGAUGCUCAUUUUGAUGCAGAAGAAACGUGGACCACAAACUCCGACAAUUACAACUUGUUUCUUGUUGCUGCUCAUGAAUUCGGCCAUUCCUUGGGUCUCGCUCACUCCUCUGACCCCGGAGCCUUGAUGUAUCCCAACUACGCAUUCAGGGAAACCAGCACCUACACACUCCCUCAGGAUGACAUCAAUGGCAUUCAGGCCAUCUAUGGACCUUCAAGCAACCCUAUACAACCUACUGGACCAAGCACACCCAGAUCCUGUGACCCCAGAUUGACAUUUGAUGCUAUCGCCACACUCCGUGGAGAAAUACUUUUCUUUAAAGACAAAUACUUCUGGAGAAGACAUCCUCAGCUACGAAAUGUCGAACUCAAUUUUAUUUCUCUGUUCUGGCCAUCCCUGCCAAAUGGUAUACAGGCUGCUUAUGAGGAUUUUGACAGGGACCUAGUCUUCCUAUUUAAAGGCAAUCAAUACUGGGCUCUGAGUGGCUAUGACAUUCGGCAAGGAUAUCCCAGGCGUAUAUCAAACUACGGCUUCCCAAGCACGGUCCAAGCAAUCGAUGCAGCUGUUUCCUACAGAGAAAAAACGUACUUCUUUGUCAAUGACCAAUUCUGGAGAUAUGAUAAUCAAAGACAAGCCAUGGACCCAGGUUAUCCCCAAAGCAUAUCAAGUGCCUUUCCAGGAAUACAAAGUAGAGUUGAUGCAGUUUUCCAGCAGGAUGACUUCUUCCUUUUCUUCCAUGGACCAAGAUAUUAUGCAUUUAAUCUUAGUACUCGUAGAAUUACUAGGAUUGACAGAAGCAAUAAAUGGCUUAACUGUAGAUAAAAUUGAAGCAAAAUCAAAUGUGCUUGUAUCCAUUUUCUGAAUAUGGAAGUCCAACUUGUGUAUACAUUACAUCGUGUUGUAUUUAUACUUUUCUCAAUACUAAGUAAUUUUGUUUUCCAUCGCUGUAUUCAUUAGGCCUGUCCUCAGUAAAAAAUGUGUUUGGAAUAUUCCACUGUUUGCAGAGGUUGAUUCAGUUCUUACACAUUCCGUCUUAGGUUAGUGAUUCCAUCACAAAGAGAUGGAAAGUAAACUUUUUUUGGUCACCUCAGUGUUCACUAUUUCAUUAUUUACUUAUCUGAUUUCUAAAAUUCACUGUUUCAUGACUUGCUUAUCUGACUGUACAUAUUCCUGAGUCUCUUUAAACAUGUCUCAUGCAUAUCUGCUACAUGCAGUUUAGCGCUGGAUUUUGGUUAGAGGUAAUGAUUGUAAACAACAUAGACAGUAUCCCUUACCUUUACAAAAAAAAACGUGGUGUUAUUUUCCACUCUUGGAAAGAAAUGUGGAUGAUACAUGUUAUGGGUUGAAUUGUGUCCCCCCCAAAAGAUAGAUUGAAGUUCUAACCCCAGGUACCUAUGAAUGUGAGUUUAUUUGGAGCCAGGGUCUUUGCAGAUGUAAUUAGUUGAGAUGAGGCUGCACUGAAUUAUGGUGGGUCCUAAAUCCAACAUGACUGAUGUCCUUAUAAGAAGAGGAGAGACAGCCACACAGGGGAGAAGACCACAUGACGACAGAGGCAGAGAUUGGAGUGACGCAUCUACAAGCCAAGGAAUGGCAAGGAUUUCCAUCAACCAUCAGAGAGGCAAGGAAGGAUCGUCCCUCACCACCUUUACAGAGGAGAAGAUGACCCCACUGAGACCUGCAGAUUUUGGACUUCUAGCCUCCAGAACUGUGAGAGAACAAAUUUCUU